AUGGACUUCGCCAAUGACCCCAAGACUGCCGUCAUGCAGCAAGUGCGGCAAGAAGCCGCCGUGCAAAACGCGCGCCAACUCGUAGAGAAACUCAACGAGCACUGCUUCGAGCGCUGCGUCCCCAAGCCUGGCUCCUCCCUCUCCAAGGGCGAGGAGACGUGCUUCACCCAGUGCAUGGAGAAGUACAUGGCCGCCUGGAACACCGUCAGCAAGCAGUACGUCGCCAAGCUGCAGAGCUCGAGCGGGACGCUCUAA